GUAAUUUUGCACAAAAUAUUUUGCACAUUAUACAAGAAAUAUUUUGUAUUUUAUAAGCAUCUCGUCGAGGUGCUUUUGUAAAAUCAAAAUCUUUUGUCACCUUUAGUUCAAGUUCAUCCGCCGGAGAGAGCAAUGGACAACAGUGCAAUUUUGGUGUUGAUUAUAAAGCUGAUUCAACAAGAACAGUUUGUAAGUGCGAAUAGGGAGGUGUUAAGACACUUGAGAAACUCAUGUGAUCCUUUUGCUGUGUCGGAUGAAAUUUUUAUGGGAAAGUUUCGUCUUUCCCCGGCGGCAGUUUGUGAGUUGAUUACUAAACUCCAGCCCCAUGAUCAGGAUUAUGGAUCGGAAAUUUCUUUCCCAAUUCAAGUACUUGCUGCGCUCAAUUUUUUUGCAAAAGGCAGUUUUCAAACAGAAGUUGGGCUAAACAACGCAAUAAAUAUUAGUCAACCAAUGGUAUCUAUUUAUGUGAAAAAGAUAUCAUCUAUGAUAGUUUCACAUAUGAGUGACUAUAUUAAAUUUCCUCGGUCCAAUGAAGAAUUGGCUGAACUGAAAGCCGGAUUCCAGCAUAAGCAUGGUCUUCCCAAUAUCCUCGGGAUUAUAGAUGGAACGCACAUUAGAAUAAUUGCCCCUAAGAAAACGGACCCAUAUCGUCAUCCUCGUCACUACAGAAACCGUAAAAUGUUUUAUAGUAUUAAUGUAGAAGUGAUAUGCGAUUCAGAACUUCGAUUUCUCUCAGUAAAUGCUAGAUUUCCUGGGGCAUGCCACGAUAGUGGUAUUUGGAUGACAUCCCGUGUUCGAGAUUUUUUGCAAGAGAAAUGGUUAGAAGGCAACCAACAAAUGCACCUCUUAGGUGAUGCAGGGUACCCCAGCGAACCAUGGUUACUAACGCCAUACAGAAACGUAAAUACAAAUAUACAGAGGUACUACAACAAAAUGCAAGUAGAGACACGGAAAAACAUAGAAAGAUCAUUUGGGAUAAUGAAAAACACUUUUAAGUGUAUUGACAGCAGCCGUCGGUUGAACUAUGAACCGAAAUCAGCAGCACGCAUUAUAAACUCUUGUUUCAUAUUGUACAACUACAUGAAAUACAAUGACAUCCCUCUAUUGGAAAACGAUCCUAAUCGUCACAUUGAAGUGGGCAAUGAUGCGAUAAUAAAUCAACGGAUGAUCACAGAAAGAGGACAUGAAGUACGUGACCAAUACGCUCAAAAUCUUUACUCGCAAUGGAACAUAAGGGAAUAAAAGAAAACAAAGAACUAGUAGAUGGGAUCAAAGCAAGAAUUAAAAAAACUAGAA